UAUCAUGCUCAGGCAUUCCUAAAAUAUUAAAAAUAUUAAAACUGUGAAACUGAUCACAGAAUAAUAUUAUGAUGAAAGUUGUAAUUGCACAUUUGACUUGAUUAUUUAGUCUGUGCAGUAAUGUUCUGGAUUUGAUUUUGAAGGAUUUCCUAUCUAAAUAUAUCAGACUCUUUUCUCAUUGAACUGAUGAGUGCUCUUGUGAGAGGAAGGACAAGGACCCUGAGCUCACUGAGUCUUUAUAUUUACUGCUUCAGUACAGAUUGUUGGAAUUGUUCUGUCCACUCACUUGAGCUGUCACUCAGUGAAGAAAUAUAUAGUAUCUGCAUAAAAACUUCAUAUGAAGACCCUACGCUAUCUUCAUUGACUCUCACCUUGCCACGCUCAGAGCUAAUCCGCAUCGACUGGACCAAUAUUCAGAUACUUCGCCAAAGGGAUUUAGAUGCGUUAAUGCAUUUUUUCUGUUCUUUCUCUGAACUGCAAAAGCUAAAAAUGGAAACAAGCAAAGAAAUGACAAAGAAGUUUUCUGUUUGGAUCCUUCAGAUCAUCCAGAAGAUCCCCAGUGUAACAGAACUCUUGGUUGAUGCUGGCUUUUUACUGGAGGAAGCACUCAAGGUGUUUCAAAGGUCCUACACAAGACCAGACUGUACUGUGGAAGUUCACGGGUAUAUAUGCAAUAAACAGUCUCAAAAAUGCAGUAAAGACCGGUAUCAGAGAUGCAACGAGAGAGUGACAAUUCAUCUGAAUUACCAGGGCUUUUAUAUGGAGAAUGAGCGAAUGCCCUUGUUCUGGGACUAAUGGUACAGCAUGAUAAACAGUAGAAAACUGCAAAAGGAGCAUCUUUACCAAGAGCUGAGGAUUGGGAUGAACACAGCAACCAGAUCUAGCUAAAGUGUAUUUACAGUAGGUGUUGAAUUACAAUUGCAAUCAGCUUUACAGAGUUUUAGUAUUGUAUGCGAGUAACCAUUGUUUUUUUAACUGUAAGAGUUUUUGCCAUGAAGAUGAAGCCUCAGAUGCUUACAUGGCAUUAACAUCUAUACUAUAGUUUUAUGAUAUUGAUGCUAAAUUGUCCACAUUUAACAGUUAAGAGCUGAGUGAUAGUAUAGUUUAUUUGUGAAUACAAUAUAAAUAAUCAAGAAAUUAACAUUUGCUAUAUAGCAUAUAUCAUGACUAUAUUAAUAUUGUAUGUAUCAGAAAAAGCAUUAGAUAUAGCAGUUGUAAGUUGGGGUUAUUAAUUUAUGGUGUGAUACAAAGGAUUAUGAAUCUGUAUGGGAUUGUACAAUUUAUUACAACUUGGUGUAUAUCACUGCCAUGACUGUAUAAAUGACAAGAUUUAAGAUUUUGGUCACAUCAACAACUUUGGUCAGUUUAACAAAACAACAGGCAUAAUAUAAAGUACAUAAUACAAAAUAUCUUUAGCCCCCGAGUGUGGAAGUCAAAGGCAAUUGUGGCAAAGAGUGAAAAACUCGAUAAGAAGUUGGAUAAUAUAGAAGAAAAACCUUGGGAUGCUACACCAGGGGGGCAGUUCUCCUCUGGAUAUACAUUCAAAAUAUAGUGUCAGUAAUUCAGCAGAUAAGUUAAUAUAUGCAGGUAUAAUAGCAUGUUCUCAUUAUUGCACAAAUUGUCAUGGUUAGACACAUUAUUUUAUACUGUUGGUGUCUACAGUAGUUAUAUUAGAAUCUGUAAUGUAUGUGUUUUUACAGUAAAAAACUAAUAAAAACUAUUAAAACAUAAAAGCAAAGUCUCUGUACGUUCAUUUGCAUCAGUCAAGACAGGAACACAUGUGAAAAAUGUCAUUGCACACAUUUGUUUCAAUGUAUGAUUUGCUUCUGAGGAUAAUUUUUGUGGUACAAAUUUCUUUUUUCCCAAGAAUAUCCUUGCCACUCUGUUGCAUACGAAUGGAAUGAGGGCUAGGGCUGUCAACCUCCACAAUGACAGAAGUAUAAAAGUGUCCAUAUGAUUAGCAUUACUUAAAUCCUCUGAAGCCAUUUGAUAGCAUAGUUCAUUAAACAAACUGAAAUAUAAAUUAAGAUCAUGAGCAUACCAACUAGAAGCUAGGGCACAUGUCAACAGAAUGAACUAAGGUGUCACUUCACUUCUUAACAUGGAACUAAAGAUGCAUAUACCGGUAAGUGUACAUGGCAACACUGCAAAUGAGCACUUGGUGAAGCAGCUUAAUGAACAUAAACAAAUAUAC